AUGACCACCCGAUCAGAUACCAACGCCCCCCCUCGCCCCGAGGUCAUUCCCCUCAUCAUCAACGGCAAAGAAGAAGUCCCUGGCGAGACCUUCGACGUCAUCAGUCCCUAUACCAACGAGCGCUGCUGGGCCACUGCCGCCGCGACUCCCCAGGAUGCCAUCCGCGCCGUCGAGGCCGCCGACGCCGCAUUCCCCGCGUGGUCGCAGACCAAACCCACCGUCCGUCGUGACAUCCUCCUGAAGGCCGCCGACAUCCUGGAGAGCCGUCUGGAGCAGAAUGCCGAAUACAUGCGCACCGAGAUGGGCGCCGACGUCGGCGCCUCGCAGUUCUUCAUCGUCCCGCUGGGCAUCCGCAUGCUGCGCGACAUUGCUGGCCGCAUCACCUCCAUCUGCGGCAGUGUUCCCGUCGUGGAGGAAGAAGGCCAGAGCGCGAUGAUCUACAAGGAGCCGAUGGGCGUGAUUCUGGGGCUGGUGCCGUGGAACGCCCCCUACGUCUUCGGCGUCCGCUCCGCCGCCUGCGCCCUCGCCGCCGGUAACACCACCAUCCUCAAGUCCUCCGAACUCUCCCCCUGCUCGUACUGGGCGCUCGCUCGUGCCUUUGAAGACGCCGGCCUGCCCGCCGGCUGUCUCAAUCUCAUCUCCUGCCGUCCGCAGGACGCCGCCGAGGUCGUCAACGCUAUGAUCGAGCACGACGCCGUGCGCAAGGUCAACUUCACCGGAAGCACGGCCGUCGGCCGCAAGAUCGCGCGCGCCUGUGGUCAGAACCUCAAGCCCUGUCUCAUGGAGCUGGGCGGGAAGAACAGCUCGAUUGUGUGUGCGGACGCCAACAUCGACACGGCGGUCAAGGCCGUCGUCGCGGGUGCCUAUCUGAACUCCGGCCAGAUCUGCAUGGCCACCGACCGCAUCCUGGUGCACGCUGACAUCGCCCCCCGGUUCAUGGAGGCGCUCAAGACCGCCCUCCGCGCGAAUGCGGAGGCGGCUCCCGCACCUCCGACGCUGGUCAGUGCGGCGUCGAAAACGCGCGUCGAGAGUAUUAUUUCUGAUGCUCUUGCGUCGGGCGCGCAUGUUAUCCACGGACCGGUGGGUGAUGAUGCGGCGGUGAAGGGCCAGACCGGAGUGCGGAUGGCGCCGGUGCUGCUCGGGGGCAUCAAGGAGGAUAUGAAGGUGUGGCAGGAGGAGGCGUUUGCGUCGCUGGCGGCGUGCAUGGUGGUGAGUAGCGACGAGGAGGCGAUCCGGAUCGCGAAUAGCAGUGGGUAUGGGUUGUCAGCGGCGGUGUUUACGGAAGAUCUGCGGAAGGGGCUGGCGAUGGCCAAGAAGAUUCAAUCUGGGGCCGUCCACAUCAAUAGCAUGACGAUCCACGACGAGCCAGUGCUGCCGCACGGUGGAGUGAAGAACAGCGGUUGGGGUCGGUUCAACGCGUCGCAGGGGCUGGAGGAGUUCCUGGUGACGAAGAGUGUGACUUGGAUGGAUUGA